AUGCAACAUAUAUAUGCAAAUGACAAUGCAUUACCUCAACAUGAUACAGAGUUGUAUGGGCAAUCGACUCAUCUUCAUCAACAUCCAAUGCAUCACCAUUUACAAUAUCAACAGGAGAAUCCUUCUCUUUCGCCUCAACAAUCGUCAACAAGUGAUGCAGACGAAACAUCAACACCACCGCCAUCUCUCAACAGAGGAGUAAAUGUAACUGUAGCUGCUAAAAUCGUUAAGAAAAAAAAGCAACCGAAAAAGAAACGUAAAGAUCCUAAUGAACCUCAAAAGCCGGUUUCUCCUUAUGCACUUUUCUUUCGUGAUACACAGAAUGAUAUCAAAAAGAAAUUAGCAAAUCCAUCAUUUGGAGAAAUCUCAAAAGUUGUUGCUCACAUGUGGGAAAAUAUCGAACCAGAAGUAAAAGAACAAUAUAAGCGUAAAGCAGCUGCAGCUAAAAAAGAAUAUCUUAAACAGUUAGCAGCCUAUCGAGCUGUUCAAGUUUCACAUCAAACUCCUAAUAUGCAUCAUAUUCUUGGACAAAAUACAUUAUCAUUCGAUCCAAAUUCAAUGCAAAUCUCAUCAUCAAUUCAACAUCAACAAAAACAAUACAAUAAUCCAGGCAUUGGCGGACCUAUGAUGAGUGACAAUAAUAAUUUCUUACCACCAUCACAUCAUCAUCAUCAUCAUCAUGUUCCACCUUACAAUCAUCACCAUCACCAUCAUCAUCAUCCACUUCAACAACAAUAUUGCACCCCUCCUCAACCUCAACCACCGCCACCACCGCCCCCUCAACAAUUCAAUAAUUAUCAUUAUAUUAAUAACUAUUCCCAAGAUACAUCUCAUGUUUAUAAUCCUGAUUCACAAAUUCAUUUUUCCAAUCAUCAACAACAUCAUUUCGACAAUCAACAAACAUAUAAUACAUAUGAUUCAAACAAUAAUUUUGGAGAUCAACAACAAUAUGGUCUGCUUCGGCCAGCCAUUGAAUCUGAACUCUAUUCAUCAUAUUAUACACAAUCAUCAAAUGAUGUUGAACAUUCAAAUAUUGAUCAAUCAUCCAUGUCAUCAAUAGCCAAUGAAAAUUUAUUACACAAUUUAAAUACUAAUAAUACUAAUAAUCCAAUAAUAACAACAAAUAAUAGUAGUAAUAAUACACCUCAUUAUACUGAUUUAACAGCUAUGCCAAUAUCAGUAACAAAUGGAAUCAUUGAAAAACAUUAUGAUUUUGUUAGUAGUAUGCAACAUGGUACAACAACAUUGAAUGAUAUUGAUCAUCAUCACAAUAAUAAAGAAGAUGACCAAUCAACAUUACCAAUCAGCAAUGAAAAUAAUUUUCAUUGGAAUCAAGCAACAUGUCUAGCCACGCAGUGGUGA